UGCUAAGUAGCUAUCUGUACGGGAAAGUGGGUGUAAUGGAUAGAUGCGGACACUAGCAAAAUAACGUGCCUGUCAAAACAUUACACCCCUUUAAAAUCACAACCAUGUUUGGGCGGUCACGGAGUUGGGUCGGAGGACAGGGGAAAACGAAAAACAUCCACUCGUUGGACCAUUUAAAGUAUAUGUACCAUGUUCUGACCAAAAACACCACAGUGACAGACCACAACCGAAACCUUCUAGUGGAGACCAUCCGCUCCAUCACAGAGAUCCUCAUCUGGGGGGACCAGAAUGACAGCUCUGUAUUUGACUUCUUCCUGGAGAAGAACAUGUUUGCCUUCUUCCUGAACAUCCUGCGUCAGAAGUCAGGACGCUACGUGUGCGUCCAACUCCUCCAAACCCUCAAUAUACUGUUUGAGAACAUCAGUCAUGAGACUUCUCUAUAUUACCUCUUGUCGAACAACCAUGUGAACUCCAUCAUCGUCCACAAGUUUGAUUUCUCAGAUGAGGAGAUAAUGGCCUACUAUAUCUCUUUUCUCAAGACCCUGUCACUCAAACUCAACAACCACACUGUGCACUUCUUCUACAACGAGCACACUAAUGACUUUGCCCUGUACACCGAGGCCAUUAAGUUUUUCAACCACCCUGAAAGCAUGGUUCGCAUCGCAGUCCGGACCAUUACACUCAACGUCUACAAAGUUUCAUUGGACAACCAGCACAUGCUGCACUACAUUCGAGAUAAGACGGCGGUCCCAUAUUUCAGCAACUUGGUCUGGUUUAUUGGCAGCCACGUCAUCGAGCUGGACAAGUGUGUGCAGACAGAUGAAGAACAUAAAAACAGAGGGAAGUUAAGCGACCUGGUAGCGGAGCACCUUGACCAUCUGCACUACCUGAACGAUAUCCUCAUUAUCAACUGUGAAUUCCUUAACGACGUCUUGACCGACCACCUUCUCAACCGUCUGUUCCUACCCCUUUACGUCUAUUCUUUGGUUAUCCCUGAGACGUCUGAAGAGCGAAAGAUCAACCCUCAGGUGUCCCUCUACCUGCUGUCUCAGGUGUUUCUCAUCAUCCACUAUCAGCCAAUGGUCAAUGCCCUGGCUGAAGUUAUUCUCAAUGGAGAUCUGUCUGUCUUCACACCACAGACAGACAUGCCCAGCAAACACAAGAGCACGGCCAGUGCAGGAGGUGUACGUCGCUUCACCAAGCCCCCUGAGUCUCUGGAGCGCUCCCUGGAGCUAUCCCGCCACCGUGGCCGCAAGAGACCUCAGAAGAGGCCAAACUACAAGAACCUAGGCGAGGAGGAGGAUGACGAAAGGGCUGGGGGAGGGGGAGGAGGCGGCGGCGGAGUAGGAGCAGAGGAGGGCUGGGACGACGACAGCAGAGGAGGAGAGAGGGAGGGAGGCCGAGAGAGGGAGAAGGGAAAAGGUACAGAGGGAGUAGGAGGAGGAGGAGGUGGGAGUUCUAAGGGAAGCAGAGCAAGUGGGGAGACGGCGGAAGAGAUAGAGAUGGUGGUGAUGGAGAAGUGUAUGGUGUCGGAGCUGACGGAGCAGAACAUCACUGACGAAGAGAAGACGGCUGCAGCCACACGCACACACACACAGAGGAGCAGACCGUUCUUAGACAUGGUAUACAGCGCUCUCGACUGCACCAGUGAUGACUACCACGCCCUGUUUGUCCUCUGCCUGCUUUAUGCCGUGUCGCACAGCAAAGGCAUAAACCGAGAUCUUCUGGAGCGUUUGCAGUUGCCGGUUCCUGACCAGGAGAGGAGCUCCUACAGCCUGGUACUGGUGGAGAGACUGAUCAGAGUUAUGAGCCAGGCUGCACAGCCAGAUGGUAAAGUGCGUCUAGCUACCCUGGAACUGAGCUGCCUUUUAUUAAAGCAGUCGGUGCUGUCUGGAAACAACUGUAUUAUCAAAGACGUUCAUCUGGCCUGCCUGGAGGGUGCAAGAGAAGAAAGUCUGCAUUUACUGCGAAGAUUCUAUAAGGGCGAGGAGAUCUUUCUGGACAUGUUUGAAGAUGAAUACAGGAGCAUGACGAGUAAACCGCUGAAUGUGGAGUAUCUAAUGAUGGAUGCCUCAGUGCUGCUGCCACCCACCGGGACCCCUCUGACUGGCAUUGACUUUGUAAAGAGACUGCCCUGCGGUGACGUAGAAAAGACACGCAAGGCGAUCCGUGUGUUCUUCAUGUUGCGGUCCUUAUCGCUUCAGCUCCAGGGAGAACCCGAGACGCAGCUGCCUCUGACGAGACCUGAAGACCUCAUCAAGACAGAUGACGUCCUAGACCUCAAUAAUAGUGACCUGAUAGCCUGUAUGGUGGUCAGUAAAGAUGGCGGCCAGGCCCAGAGGUUCCUCGCUGUCGAUGUGUACCAGAUGAGUCUGGUUGAACCAGAAACCAAACGCCUUGGAUGGGGUGUAGUCAAGUUUGCGGGCCUUCUGCAAGACAUGCAGGUGUCUGGCGUUGAGGACGAUAGCAGAGCGCUGAACAUCGUCAUCCAUAAGCCCAGCUCCAAUCCCCACGCCAAGCCCCUGCCCAUCCUGCAGGCCAACUUCAUCUUUGCCGACCACAUCCGCUGCAUCAUCGCCAAGCAGAGGCUGGCCAAGGGUCGCAUCCAGGCCAGACGCAUGAAGAUGCAGAGGAUCGCAGCUCUGUUGGACCUGCCUGUGCAGCCCAGUGCGACAGAGGUGUUGGGUUUCGGUCAGACAUCCAACGCUUCACCCAGCGCUCUGCCUUUCCGGUUCUACGAGCAGUCGAGACGGGCGCCCAACGAUCCCACGGCAAAUAGAUCAGUCUUCGCCUCUGUCGAUAAAGUACCAGGUUUUGCAGUGGCUCACUGUGUGUCUCAGCACAGUCCAUCGCCCCUCUCCUCCCCCUCGCCUCCCUCCAGUGGGAGUGGGAGCACAGGAAGAUGUGACUCUGUUACUGCAAGCACUAUUUCAGCUCAGAGCCCCACAGAUGAUGGUACAUUUCUGGAGCACACCCCGCCCUCCUCCUCAGGUGGAGAAGGGGAAGGAGGAGGUGGAGAAGUAACACUAGUGUCCUCUACUCCCUCGGCCCCAGUCACAGCCUUGGCCCCGAGCCUCACCCCAGCGUCCCAGCCCACCAUCUCCCUCCUCACCGACAACAGCGCAGACACCCUCAGCGUGGAGUCGCUCACACUGCUGCCCCCCGCAGACUCACCGCACCUGCACCCCUGCACCAGCCACAUUCCCACAAUACACUCCCUCCAGAGACCAGACGCCUCCAUCGCAGAAGAGGAGGAGGAGGAGGAGGAUGGUGGCGAAGAGAAAGAAGACGAAGAGGGGUCGCCGACAGAUGAGACAGAGACUGAUGCAACGGUGAAAGAGGAAACCACAACAACAGAAUUGGUCACUCCCACUGAUGAAGCACUGGAGAGACCAGAGGGAGAAAACGAGCAUGAAGGUGAAGACACGUAUAAAGAUCAUGUAGAGAACACAGACGCCACAGAGACACGCACUGAAACGCCAGAGUCACCUGAACUGGAUUAAGCAACAUACACACAGUCACGUUCAUGCACUUAAACAUGUCUCUCGCGCACUAAGAGGACAGUGAGGUGUGAUAGUUAAACUAUCCGGUUUGACCGCAGUAUAUUUUCGUGUCGCUACCUGUAGAUAGUGUGUGAUGCGAAUAGUCAUAAGAGGAUUUUGGAAGCAUCUCAGCAUUUGUGUUUGCACAUGAAGAAAGACUCUUUUUACUCAGAGAGGAUGAGACAGCGAACUCGAGGAAGGCGUAAAGCACAUUUGAUUUUCUGUGCACCUGAGCGUGUCCAAUCGUGUUUUUAGCAAGCGCGUGUAAAGGCGCACAACCAGCAACGUUUUUUACUCAUUCUGAUCGAUUGUUUGUCAGCUCAAAGACACACGCAUACGCCACAUGCUGCUGCUGUGAGCCGUUUAGACCUGCUCUAUUUUUCUGUCUUACGUUCACCACUAAUGUUUUAGGUGGUGGUCACUUCUAUGCUAACACACACACACACACACACACACACACACACACACACACACACGUGCUUUACAUACAGUCAGCUGCACUUGCCUUUUUGCCGCUGCAUGUCAGACCCGAUAGCAGUUACUGCCACCUAGAACUGCCAUUGGGUGUGUUUGAAUGAUUCAGCCACCUUGGUUGUGUGUGUGUUUUCUACAUUUUGUUUAGCUGGUAUUGUAAAGUAAUGAUCCGUUCAUUUCCCAUAGACUGAUUGGUGUCUAUUGUAGAAAAUGUGUUAAAUCAUCUUCAGCAUCUUCAGCAUCUUCAGCGAGGAGGGAGCAGGUCUGUAAGCAUUCAUUUGGUGUUAAUGUUACGUUGUAGCACAUACUUUUUUUUUAAAGGGACGGUUCAACCAGAACUCAAAAAUACAUAUUUUUCAUUUCACCUGUCUUGUUAUUUAUCAAUCUAGAUUGUUUGGUUGUGAGUUGCUGGUGUAAGAGCCCACAGAGAUGUCUGCCUUCUCUCCAAUAUAAUGGAAGUAGACAGCACUGAGAUUGUGGUGUCCUUUUCCAGAAGGUCCAGUUAAUUGAGAUAAUUCACAGAGCUUCUGAACAGUUUCAGUAGGAACUAUUUUCUUUCUAAAUUGACAAAUAGCACUCCAGCUAAGAAGGAAAACAUGUAUUUUUGAUUUGUGGGUGAACUGUCCCCUAAAGUGUAUGUCCCCUGCAAGUAAACUUUUGGACUAAUUCAUCUUGAGGUGCAAGAUGAGCUGUGUGUGAAAGCAGCUUUUUGAUUGUCAUCACAGUUGGUUUCCAUCAUUGCGAUCGUUGAGCUUGUGGCCUGACAGGUCAGUGUGGGUUGCUUGAGUGCAGUUUAACAAAGCAUUUCUGUCAGAUAUGCAACAAUAAUCAACAAACUUUGACCUCGUUGAGUUUUAUUUAUAGCUUCAAUUCUCGGUCACUAACUGACCUCCCAUAUCCAUGCCGUAGUUUAAAGCCAGCAGGGAUUAGAUAAUGUGUGUUUAUUCACAGAGCAGAUUCACAGAUAAGCAACCUGACUGACAGAAUAAUUGUUUUGAAAGACCUGAAUGGAGCUGAAUGAGUGGUGCAGGUUAUACAUAAUGGAUAGCAGUUCACUGAGUAGCAGUUAAUAAUUCACUUUGUUCAUGCAGACAUUCAUUCACUCUCUUCUUGAAGCAUUUCAGCCUGUAGCAACACAGGCGAACUCCUGUUUUUCUCUUUGAAAAGUUGAGUAUUGUUUGAUAUAUUUAGGACGAUAGAUUCAGAGUUACUUUGCUUGAUUAACUGACAGCCUCAUAGGGUGACAUAGAGCUGAUAGAUAGAAGUGGUGUUAGCGUGCCAACUUUUAAAGAGUCAUGAGACACCGUUUGAAAUAUGAUCCGCGUCUUCAGGUCUGCACACUGCCACAGCAACACUGGGUUGAAUGUAUCUGCCGGUUGCCCCUCAGGCACUGACCAGAGCUCAGUUUAACCCUCCAUGUAUCUGGAUUAACACAGACAGAGUACAUCCUGUCUGUAAUGAGAUUUAAUGUCUGUCAAAACAGAAAGAUGUCCAAAAAU